CUUUAGCAGAAAGAAGAAGGAAGAGAGAGAGAGAGAGAAGGAAGAAAAAAAAAUGGAACAACCCACAGCGACUCCUCGGCCAAAGACAGAAGCAACGUCGUCGAAUUCUUCAAAAACAAUAGUCAACGACGUUUCUGCUGAAUAUGUUUCUGCCAUCUCUGCUUUCUUUCAAAGAGUGGGAGUUUCACACUCCAAUUCUAUCCCAGAUUUUUGCAAUACCAAGUACUUCUACUCCCAUCUCAUUCGCGACGCAAUCAAGCCCGACCAAGUCCUACGUGGCCGAAUCACCUGUCACCUAACUGUCACACCCAUUCUCGCUAAUUUCUAUGCUUCGUUACAUGGAGGGGCUCUUGCCGCAAUUGCUGAGAUGGUGUCAAUCGCUUGUGCUAGAACCGUGGUGGCUGAGGAUAAGGAUAUUUUUCUUGGAGAUAUGAGCAUUUCAUAUCUCUCCGGUGCUCCAAUUCAUGCAGAGGUGAUGGUUGACUGCUCUGUAGUGAGGAGUGGAAGAAAUUUGACUGUAGUUGCAAUGGAGUUCAAGGUCAAGAAAACUGGGCAGUUAGCCUACACUGCUCACGCUACAUUCUAUAACAAGCCCAUUGCCAAGUUAUGAAGUUAUGGUUCAACAAAUUUGAAUUUGGGUAUCUCAGUUUGAAUCUCUACCAUCUGAUGAGUUUCUUAAAAAACCCAAUAAAAUUUUACAUUGGUUCAGCAUAUUGAAAAUUAGGUACUUAUUCUAUAUCCUUAAAUAUGCUCAUUGCUGAAAUACAGUUGACAGAUGCAUGGGUGAAGUGUUACCGUUGGUUCCAAUGCAAGUGGUGGCUAGUGAAACUCUUUGAAACCCAAUUCUUGCAGGUUGAGCUUUGAGUUUCCCACACUCGUGGAGUUGGAUUAUUAUUAUUUAAUAACUAAUUUACUUUAUGUACAGAUUUUUAACUAAGCACCUCAACAAUUUUAUUUAUUUAUUUUAAAAAUCUAACUAUAA